CAUGCCCCAGAACGUGAUCCUGCCGGGUCCAGCGCCCUGGGGAUUUAGACUCUCAGGAGGUAUAGACUUCAACCAGCCGUUGAUCAUCACCAGGAUUACUCCAGGAAGCAAGGCUGAGGCUGCCCACCUGUGUCCUGGAGAUGUCAUCCUGGCAAUUGACGGCUAUGAUACAGAAUCCAUGACUCAUGCAGACGCGCAGGACAGGAUUAAAGCAGCGGCACACCAGCUGUGUCUCAAAAUUGACAGGGCGGAAACUCGCUUAUGGUCACCACAGGUAUCUGAAGAUGGGAAAGCUCAUCCUUUCAAAGUCAACUUAGAGUCAGAACCACAGGAUGUGAACUACUUUGAACACAAGCACAAUAUUCGGCCCAAACCUUUCAUAAUCCCAAGCCGAAGCAGUGGAUGCAGUACUCCCUCCGGUAUUGAUGGUGGCAGUGGACGUAGCACCCCGUCUUCUGUCAGUACUCUUGGUACUAUUUGCCCAGGUGACUUGAAAGUUGCUGCUAAGCUGGCCCCUAACAUUCCUUUGGAAGUGGACCUUCCCGGUGUGAAGAUUCUACAUGCUCAGUUUAAUACACCUAUGCAGUUGUACUCAGAUGACAAUAUUCUGGAAACACUUCAGGGUCAGGUUUCAACAGCUCUAGGGGAAACACCCUCAAUGAGUGACCCGGUAGCCUCGGUGCCCCCACAGUCAGAUGUGUACCGGAUGCUCCACGACAGUCGGGAUGAGCCUACUCAGCCUCGCCAAUCAGGCUCCUUUCGAGUGCUCCAGGAGUUAGUUAACGAUGGCCCUGAUGACCGUCCUGCUGGAACUCGCAGUGUGAGGGCUCCAGUUACAAAAGUCCAUGGCAGUGCUGGUGGCGCACCAAAGAUGCCGUUCUGUGACAAAUGUGGCAGUGGCAUUGUUGGUGCUGUUGUGAAGGCACGGGAUAAGUUCCGGCACCCGGAAUGCUUCGUGUGUGCUGACUGCAACCUCAACCUCAAACAAAAGGGCUACUUCUUCUUAGAGGGAGAGCUGUACUGCGAAACUCACGCACGAGCCCGCACGAGGCCUCCAGAGGGCUAUGACACAGUUACUCUCUAUCCUAAAGCUUAA